AGUUGCCACAUUUUGUCAAAAUAGUGUAGCCUCAGGAAGUUCCGCUAUCAUUGACGGAUAUGCAGCCCACGGAAAAGACACAGAUAAGACGUGUCCAUGUAGUGCCACAGUAUCCAUACCUAAUAAUGGUACUUCUAGUCUUGCCUUUAGUGCUUUCUUUAGUCUACACCCACAAUACAAUGGAUGUGGGAGCUCCAUAGACGUUAGAGUAAACAACUCAGGUCAGAGUACGAGAAUCAGAUGUACCAUUGCUGGUAGUAUAUCAGUUAAUAACGGAGACAAUGUUCUCAUCGACUUGAAGAAAGAAUCGUCACCUGAAGAUACCCGAUAUUGUAUGAAGCUUCAGUUUUCAGAUCCGACAGCAACUCUAGCAGUGAAGUGUAACGGGGAAAAUGUCCCUGUUCCACCGACUCCAUCAACAACAACAGCAACCACAACAACUGUUUUAACACAACCAUCUACCACAUCUUCAAUUCGGACAGAAUUACGUUCAACAUCGACUUUAUCGUCCACAAUUUUGCAAAAAAUAACUGAUAGCUUUACAUCAUCGAAUCCACUCAUUUCGUCUACAACAGAAGCGGUCAUUUUUUCAAAUGCCCCAACAACUGAAACGAAUCCAUCGAUCUUUACAACAACAACAGUUUUGAAAACAUCAUCGACAACUAAAGCCAACGUUGAAGAUAAUACAAGCACACCAACAACGACAGCUAUACUCGAUGAAAUUUUAUCAACAGAUAUGUCUUCUAAAUUACCAGAAACUAGUUCAAAAGAUUAUUCAACAUCGUCGUCAAUGGACGAAAAACAUCCGACAACAAUGAAGAUGAUGUCAACUGAUGGUGAUGUCACGUCGCAAACUGAAAAAUUAUCAACAAAAUUAACAACAAUGGCUGAUACUACCGCCAUUGAAACCACGACUCCGGUAGUAAUCAAACAAACAACUAAAACUGCACCAACUUCAACAUCAAAUCAAUCAACAACUUCAACACAAUCAACUUCAACAGUAUCAGCUUCAGAAGCUUCAACUUCAGCAGCAUCAACUUCAACUUCAAUUAAAACUACUAGUAAGUUACAAAAAACUGAAAGUACAACUGAACAUGGGAUUUCUGCAAAAGCUAAUAAAUUGUCAACUGAAGAAUUGAAAAUAGACGAAACUACAGUUGCCAUCCAACUAACCUCCCCAGCAAAACGAAGCACGAACGAUGAACGAUCAACACAGACAUCACAAUCAACACCACGACAAACAACAAACAAGCAUGGGGUUACUGGUAGCUCUAAAGAUGAUGACUUUCCAAUUGAAGUCGUAGCUCCUGUUGCCAGCGUUGGUGGGUUGAUCAUCAUUCUAGUGAUUAUUUGUAUAGUUGUCGGAUUAAGGCGUAAUGGCUGUGGCUGCAAUGAAGAUACAUUACCUCAUAGUAAUACACUAGUGGAAAAGGCUUCAACUGAAAUUAAAAACAGAGAAAAAGACACAUAUGUAAAUCCAUUAUAUGAUGAUAUAUCGCUUACCGGAAAAUCGGAUCGUUCCGAUAGAGACUCUAUGAUGCAAGAAAUUCCUUCAGAUGAUGAUUCUGAGGAUUCCUACAGAUUACCCGAAUCAACAAAAAUUGAUGGUGAAUUGUGGACGCAUUUAUGAUAAAUUUUUGUAAUUUAUUUCUGAUAUGUGCCAUUAUAAAUUAUGCUCAUCCUACAACAAUAUCAUAACCAACAUCGUUUCAUACUCAUUGUUUAAGUAUUAACAGUCCCAUCAAUUAAUUUCAAUAGAAAAAAUCCUAGUAGCAUUUUAGGCCUAAAAUUUAAUGAAUCACUUAACUUUUUUUGGCGAAUAUUUUUUAACGACUGUAAAUGCCAACAAUUAAGUCGCAUUAGAAAAUCAGUAUUUGCCAAGUUUUCCAGAAAUCAAAUAUUUCCUUAAUUUCCAUUUUUUUUACAUCAUAGAUAUAUUUAAAACAAUUUAUUUCGAGAAUACGCACAUUACAGUAGCGACCUCUUGGUGAAAUAUAACGUGCAGAGCCGGUAAAUAGCACACAGUUUAACGGUCAUAAAUUUCAGAUCCAAAUUCUUUUAUAACACGAUGAUGGAACCAUUUCCAGGACGGAUCCAGACUGUUUUAGGGAAAAGUGCAAUCUCAGGAAUAAGGAGUCUUAGAUAUAAUAAUAAAAGGUUUUUUAUUACAUUGAAUUAAAACGUAAAAAAAAGAAAAUCCCGUGCGGUGGUCAUUGAAAACGAGCUGCUGGUCCUUCCUUUUAUUUCUGUUGUAAAAUAACAAAGUUGUGUCUGUCAUUGCAAAAUUGUUUGUGGUCAAAACCUUGAGACUACAACGUUUAAGAGAACUCUGGAUUGAACUAUAAUUUAUGGUGUUAUCAUUGAGACUGAUUUUACGAUAAUGUGUACGAUUUCUUACUUUUCUGAUUGGUCACUGAAUAAUUCGCGACAAGCAAAAUUGUUCACAGAAAAACUAUCGUGUAUUUAAAUAUCAAUAAUUUCGAAUCUGAUAGAAAUACUUUUCAAUUUUGUCAAAGUCUGUUACGUAAUCUUCAGAUAAGAGUUGCCUCACCUUGCCCAGUGUGUGAUAUCAGAGACAAAUUGUAGACAUAUACAUAUAUAUAUAUAUAUAUGUCUCUGAAGAUAUGAAAUGCAUUUGUUGUUCUAGUUCUAAUCGAAAAUUGGAUCACGAGCUUCGUCUUUUAAGAAAUAAAAAAUCUCCUUUAUUAUAGAACCUAUUUUUUUAAAAACAUGUAUUUUUGUUAUCAAUGUGAUAAAGUUCUUUUCAUCAAUCAGCAUUAAUGUUGCCUAUUGUAUAAAUGGUGUCUGAAUAUUUUUUAAGAAUAUUUACAUAAUGUCUAAUUUGUACUCAAUAAGAUGACUCGAGAAGAUAAAUUUCUUCUGAAUCUUUUAAACUGCAAAUCAAAGUGAAAAAAAACAGCAUUACAUUUGUCUGUUGUGGCAUUUUUAAUAUAUUUUCGUUAUUCAUAGCAUUAAUAUAUUAUAUGUAUCAACACCGGAUUGAUUAUAGUCAUGAACCAAAACAGCAUUAAUCUAUAAUUGUUAAUGUUUUACAAAGCAGUAUUUGUGGUUUAAAGGCUAUUUAUGGUUUUACAUUGAAUUACACAUCGACCGCAUAUCGUGUAUACACAUUAUAACUUACACAACAUAUAUUUGUUUUUGUUAUUUAUGUUAAAUGUUCAAUUAUAUACGAGUUUUUAUAGGUUGUUACGAAUAUGUGUCAUAUACCACAAUUUUUGUAACUAUGAAACAUGGUUUGUCCUAGUCUUAUAAUGUAUGAUGAGUUAUUGUUUUGUAUUAAUAAUAUUGCUAUGUACACAUAUAUCAUUUGAUAAAUGCAAUUCUUUCUUUCUUAUUUCAUUUAUUUGUUUUUACAGAAAAAAGGAACAAACAAUCACGCACAUGUUCAUUUUAACAGCACAUACAUAUCAAUCAAAGCGAAAGGAGGGUAAACACUUAACAUACACACAAACACCCAUAUAUACAUACACACAAGAACUCAAAAGAAUGCAAGAGAGAAAUGUACAUUUUUCAAUAUUUAUGAUUUUUUUUAUAAAAACCAU